AUGGAUGAGAAAUAUUGUGCUUGUAUGGUUUUAUCAGGUGUUGGUGAUGCCAUUGGUUAUAAAAACGGAAGAUGGGAGUUUGAGAGAAACCCCAAACAGAUAUUGAAAGAAUAUAAUCAUUUAGGUGGUUAUCAAAAUAUAAAAGUUGAUCAUAGUAAUUGGAGAGUAUCGGAUGAUACUGUUAUGCACUUGGCAACAGCAAUCGCUAUAACACGUGACAAUGCCGAUGACUUUGAGAAGACCUGUCAGGAGAUGGCCACUGCCUACGUGCGGUGUAUGGAGGAUAUGGGUGGUCGUGCACCGGGCAGACAGUCGAUCGAGUCACUCUCAAAGAUGACACCGGGCAUGAAGAGCAAGCUGCUCAAGUGGAACGAGAUACCGUAUGCACCGGCCGGUGGUGGCUGCGGUGGUGCAAUGCGCGCAAUGUGCAUCGGCUUGAAGUAUUCGUCGUCGGCGUCAUUCGAUCAGCUACUGCGUUUCUCUAUCGAGUCGGGUCGUAUCACGCACAAUCACCCGGUCGGAUUCCUCGGUGCGUACGUCGCUGCGCUCUUCACUUCCUACGCGAUCCAGGGUGUCGCGCCACGCCAAUGGGGACGCAAACUCAUGUCGGAAGGACUGCCCGCUGCCAAGCAAUAUCUAGUCGAUUCACAGGCGCAACCUCAUCGCACUAUGGAGUUGUACGAACGUGGAUGGAACUACUUUUACACCGCUUGGGAAUCUUAUCUUCGUGAUAGACAGAUCGGUGUAGAGAAUGGCGGUGAUAGCGACCCGGUGUUUCCUGAAACCUAUGGAUUCCUAGAGCGUGAUGAAUACUAUAAUAAGUUAUCGUUCGAUGGUUGGGGAGGAUCGAGUGGUCACGACUCUGUCCUCAUUGCAUACGACGCGCUGCUUGGUGCCGGCAACUCGUGGAAAGAGAUGAUAGAGCGAUCGGCCAUCCACGGUGGUGAUUCCGACAGUACCGCUGCCAUUGGUUGUGCAUGGUGGGGUGCACUCUACGGAUUCGAAGGUGUUCCCGAUUGUAACUACCAACUCUUAGAGUAUCGUCCAGAGCUCUACGCAUUAGCCAAAACAUUAUUAAAUCAAAGAAAAUAA